AUGCCUAGUUUUGAGCGGUUUUAUUUUAUUUAUUUAUUUUUAACAUUCUGGGUGGCGGGGAAGGAGGGCUCGAACAACGAAGCAGGGGGCGUGAAUUCUUGUCAAAUUUUACCUUCUGAUACAAGCAAUUUCAUUUUUUCUUCUGCUCCCCCACUCGUGAUUACUCUCAUUUCCAUUCCAGUGCUCCUCCUCCUUUCCCACAUCAACGCAGCCAGCCUCCGUCGAUCUCACCAGCUGCCACUGCCUCCGCUGUCGCCGCCUCCUUCUUCUCUCCUCUCACAAAGCUGUGGUCGCUAUCUCAUCUGCCGUCGAGCCCCCUUGGCCAUAAACCUCCGCCGCUCAACCUCUCACUUAGAGACCAGAUCUCUCCAUUCGAAUCGAGCUCAAUGCCGUCUUACACACACACUCAUUCAGUCUCUCACUCCGUCUCAGUCACACUCACCCUCGAAUCGACCUCGACUGCAUAGCACGUCUCAGUCAGCAUCUGUGCAUUGCGUGAGCUCUAGUCCUCGGAUUGAUCUCUCCAGGUUCACCAACGAGCUGUGUUAUCCUACCCUCUUGUUUUGGAUGUAUGUUUGCUUGCACAAUUGGUGGUUGGUUAGAGCUGAAACGGACUACCAUGGGAGGCUAUUAGCUGUUGCAGGCUACCCCUCCAGAAAGCAAGAUGCAAAGCGGGUGUUUGUUUCUGCUCCAAUAAUCAAAAGACAUGAUUUAUCUACCUUAGAGACAGCAGAUGGAAUUUAUCUUAUUAUUAUAGGUUUCAUUAAUGAGCUGCAAACUAAGGAGAACGGCUUCCCAUGUGAGGUUUUCAAUCAUUUUAUAUUUGGCUUUCCUCCUGACUGGGAGGGCUGUGUUGUUAACUUCUUCAAAGAAGUUGCUACUGGCAUUGAUUCAGGAAAUAUCAUUACUUCUAAUGAAGAGGAACCAACAAGCCCAGUUACACCCAUUCAAUCACAGGGGGAAAUAGAUGAGUUGUCAGAACAUUCUGUUGGAGGAUCUGCAUCUAGAAAAUCUAGAACUCGGUUGAGAAAUACUGAAAAUCAAUGUAGCGCAAGAAAAGUUGGCCUGGGCCACGCGAGGCCAAAGAUGACCAUGUCCAACAGAAAAAUGAAUCGGUCUAAAUCAGCUGAUCCUAAAAGAAAAAUGAAGCCUCUUUCAGCUGACACCACUAGGGGAAGCCUAUCUGUAAAGAGGAGUAAAAAGAGAAUUAACUUUGAUUCACAUGAGAAAUCAUCUGCAGUUUCUCCAGAUUUAUCCAAUUUUAGGAGAUCCAGGUCAGGUAGGCGGCUGCUUCCUCCUCUGGAGUUCUGGCGCAAUCAAAUGCCUGUUUAUGAUGCGGACCACAGCCUAACUGAAAUCCUGGAUGGAGCACAAUCCCAGAAAAGCAAAGGAAGUAAUGUGUUGAAUGGUGCAGACUAUGAAGGGCGAUUGAAGCGUGCAUUGGAUGGCUUUCGCCCCCUCCAUUAUGAAGAAUGUCCAAGUGUCGGUGUGGCUGAACAGGAUCAGAUGUAAAAUAGUCGACUCAUUAUUGUUCCUGUGGCUGUGGUGUAGGUUAUGUAUCUAGUAUUUCGAUAUUUUGUUUUCAUGUGACACUAAUUCUGUGAAUAUGACCUGUAUUUAUUAGCGAUCAACUAGUUCAUGCAGUUGUCGAAGCUACUCAACUAAAGAGGGCUCUUCAAGGCAGUUUUUUCUUAUAUAACUCUCUAAGUGAGUUCUGAAUUGCAACUACGUUGAUAACUCUCGAAUAUUUACAAUGAGAAGCUUAUCGAUAGGCGAAUGUUGCCC